AUGUAUAAGGAAGAGAAUAGAUCAUAGUUCAAUAAAAAGGAAAAAUAUGUGAUAAACAAAAGGAUAAGAGCAUUUAAAUUAUUGCUCUAAGAGGAUUUGAUUUCAAAAAUAGUUAAUGAAAAAGAUUUCCUCAAUUAAAUGGAAAAGAAAAGCUAAAUGACCUAAGAGGAGAAAACAGCCUUCAAUAUAAAAUACGCUACUUUGUAUAAUAACAUCCACUAAGAAUACAGAAAAUACUUAGUCAAUAAACGCACAAAAAAAGAUUUGAAUUAGAAUAGAGAAAAUAAUCCCAAGAAUAAUCAAUUACUGAAAGAGAUUUAUUGA